GGCGCGAGUGACACCCGAGAGCUGGAUCAGUUCUCCGUGGGCCCACGCACGUCGAGAUAUUCACGAGAUAAUCGCUAAUCGUCGAUUGAAAUCUCCGGAAUAAAAAAAUAAUCUCGAGAAAAAUUUGAGAAAAUUGUCGGAACGUUGACGAAUCGAUUUUUUCAAUUAUGACGCAGCGAUCGAAAAAUCGGAAAAAAUUUGAGCACACUUUCCGCGACGUUGUUUUCUCAGUCAAUUAAUAUAAAAAUAGUAUCUUCUCUAGUUUGCGAUUUUUUAAUCUUUUCUCCAGUUUUCCAUUUUUCGCGAUCACAGUUCGCGACAUAAAAAUCUGAAAAAAUUCCCAUACACGCGUCUUCCUAUCCAGAAGCCACCCUAUUUUUUUCAAAAUUUUGCGAAGCAUGAAAAAAACUACCCUAACGUGACAUUCCGUGCGCGCGCGCGCGCGCGAAAUCGCGUCGUCGACGCGCGCCGAGCACCGGUGGACGUUCGUCAGGCAGCGUUCUGCCCGAAACGGGCCGGCCAUUGAUUAAUUAUCGGUAAACGACGGCGAUGAAUGCAGAAGGCGAGCGAGCAGCGUGAACAACAACGUCCGCGGAACGCGAGCUGGCAAAUUACCGGCCGCGAUGAUUUCCUCGAACAACAACAGGCCGAGUUCUGGAUCGCGAUUGCGGAAAGGCCUACCGAUGUGGCUACCGAUCAAACGGCGGCGUCGUCCUUCUGGACGCCCACCCUGAAGACAGGGAACAUCUUCACCGACGACACAUCGAACUUCUUCCCGUCUAGCCACGGUCUGGUGCAAACUCAUCCGUCUGGCAACGUGUUCCGAAGCGGUUUCGGCGGUAUCGACAACCUCGGUAGCAGAGGCGUGACCGUCAGACCGCCGAGAACGAGACCCCUCGACUACAGCGAACGGGCCACCGCCGAAUUACGUCGGAAUCCGUCGCUUUCUUCGCCAGAUGAAUGCGCGAGAGCUUGCCGGGAAAACGAGCCUCCCAGGAUAUGCUACUAUCACUUCACCCUCGAAUAUUAUACCGUGCUCGGAGCCGCGUGCCAAAUUUGCACCCCUAACGCGACCAACGUGGUCUGGAGCGACUGUCAGUGCGUGCUGGCUGACGGUGUCGAGCGUGGUAUCCUGACAGCGAACAGGAUGGUGCCGGGGCCUAGCAUCCAAGUAUGCCAGGGUGACAAGGUCGUGAUCGACGUGGAGAACCACAUCGAAGGUAUGGACGUGACCAUCCAUUGGCACGGGGUGUGGCAGAGGGGGUCCCAGUACUACGACGGCGUGCCUUUCGUCACGCAGUGCCCCAUCCAAGAGGGCAGCACCUUCAGGUACCAAUGGAUGGCCAACAACGAAGGCACGCAUUUCUGGCACGCGCACACCGGCCUGCAGAAGAUCGACGGCCUCUACGGGAGCAUUGUAAUACGACAGCCGCCGAGCAAGGACCCCAACAGCCAGCUGUACGACUACGACCUGACCACCCACGUCGUGCUGCUCAGCGAUUGGUUCCACGAAACUGCCGCGGAACGGUUCCCCGGUCGCCUUGCAGUCAACACUGGCCAAGCACCCGAGAGCGUGCUCAUCAACGGGAAAGGACAGUUUAGGGAUCCCAACACCGGUUUCAUGACGAACACACCCCUGGAGGUCUUCACCAUAACGCCCGGCCGCCGUUAUCGUUUCCGACUGAUCAACUCGUUCGGAUCGGUCUGCCCGUCUCAGAUCACGGUCGAAGGCCAUUCGCUCAGCCUGAUCGCGACAGACGGCGAGGCCGUGCAACCGGUCAGCGUGGACACCAUUAUCUCGUUCUCCGGCGAACGUUACGACUUCGUGAUCAACGCGGAUCAGCCCGUCGGCGCGUACUGGAUCCAAGUGCGCGCGCUGGGAGAGUGCGGUAUUCCCCGUGCGCAACAGCUCGCCAUUCUGCGUUAUGCGCGCGGACCUUACCAGCCGACCACUACAGCGCCGACGUACGACUUCGGUCUCCCGCAGGGUGUCGUGCUGAACCCGCUGGACGCAAUAUGCAGCCGCGCACGCGAGGACGCGGUCUGUGUGAACCAGCUGAAGAAUGCCCGCCAAGUCGACCAAGGAAUUCUCCAGCAGCGUCCCGACGUGAAAAUAUUCUUGCCAUUCCGUUUCCUCUUCUACAGACCAGAAGAAGUCUUCCAGCCGCAGACUUAUAAUCGAUUCUUGGUCGCGCCGACCGGUGACCACGUAAUCUCUCUCGUCGAUGAAAUCUCGUUCACGUUUCCGCCGGCGCCUCCCCUCUCCCAGAUCGACGACAUACCCCCCGAACAGUUCUGCAACGGGGACAACAGGCCCGCCGACUGCGGCGCCAACUGCAUGUGCACCCAUCAGGUCGACAUCCCGCACAACGCCGUCGUCGAGGUGGUGCUCGUCGACGAAGUCCAGCAACCGAACCUGUCGCAUCCGUUCCACUUGCACGGUUACGCGUUCAACGUGAUCGGUAUGGGCCGCUCGCCCGACAAGAACGUGAAAAAGAUUAAUCUGAAGCACGCGCUCGAUCUCGACAAGAGGGGUCUUCUCAAUCGACAGUUCAAUUUGCCGCCCGCCAAGGACACCAUCGCCGUUCCAAACAACGGCUACGUAAUUUUCCGAUUCCGCGCUGACAAUCCUGGAUACUGGCUGUUCCAUUGCCACUUCCUCUUCCACAUACUGAUCGGCAUGAACCUGAUCCUGCACGUCGGGACGCACGCGGACCUGCCGCCGAUACCGCCGAACUUCCCGAGAUGCGGCGACCAUCUACCGCCGAUCACACCGCCAUCGCUGCUAGACUCGUUUCACUGAUCGAUCCUGAUGGAGCUCAGACAUUGAGGCGGUCCAAAGCAUACACGAUAUUCUUAGCGUAUUCCUGUAAAUUAGUCAGUAUGCUGUAGCGAAUCAUUCCGUGAAUAUUUUCGCUCCCACCGGGUCGCGUUCGACGAGGAGCGCGGCUCGCUAGUGGAACAGAGUGAGAAAGAGAACGGGAACGAGAGAGAGAAUAAAUGAAAGGGAGAGAGAGAAAGAGAGAAUGAUAGUGCGCGAAAGAAAGAUGAAUAAUUGUGGUCCCCGAAAACGAGGUGUAAGGACAACGGAUAGUAGAACGAGAAAGCGAGAUCAAUCAGACAGCCGAUAUACCGCUUAUGGUGCCGCAAUAGCGAUCGUUCCCGAGACGGUAAUCACUCCAAGUUGGCGACAGUCGAUAGUUAUUACGUCCCAGGUGGCUCCCAUCCCAAGUUAAGAACUUGGUACAGCGAUGCGGGGCACAAUUUACGCGACAAAUAACAUUCUAUUGUCAGUAAACUACAUUUUACAGUAAUAAUUACAACACCGGCGGAUAGCUGAGAUUCUCCCGAUUAAAAUGAGUCCAAACACGAUGGGAAUCGGACCACGGUGAGCUCGUUGCUAUGUACCGUGUGGGCGAAACAACUCGAUCACUUCGUGUAUUUGUCGCACUUCUAAUUUCUGUCGAAACAAUAGCUGAGAUCAAGAUCUAUCCCGCGACCUACGAUUGUUCACCAGAAAAUAUAUUUUGAAAUUUGUUGAAGUUUUCGGUAACAGAGUGACACAUUCAUUUCGUUCGCCCAGUAUACUUGAAAUCGCUAAGAAACGUCCGAUUCCGGUCGUGUUUGGGCUCGUUUCGAUCAGAAAAAUCUCAGCAAUUCGCUGGCGUCGCGAUAACAAGUCUUCCAUGUAAAUUUAACCGUGCACCACUGUAUUUCGACACCAGGCAAUCGAGACGAUCAAGAACAGUAACAUCGAGCAUGACUGUCGCGCGCGAACGUUAGCCAACAUUUGUAACUGUGUAAAUAAUGUAGAAAUAGUCGUUACAUUUAAUCGAGACAAUUAUAAAUGUUUCGCGGGGGUUUAGAAGUAGAGCGAGAGAGCCGGUCGCUGUUCGAGGAAACCCCGAUCCAGGCGAUCGCAGUUGCAACGGGUCGCCGGAUCGCAUCCAGGUUCCUAAAGUGGCUUACGUUCUCGUCCUUGUCUCGGCCUUCUUUUAUUUUUAUUUUUUUUUAUUUUGUUUUCUCCAGCGUAGAUCAAUUAAGGGUGAACACGUGGCCGGGUCCACCGGCCACGUGGAACGUAGGGAAAUCAGAUUCGAACAGGACAGAAAACCCGAUGAAAACGCAAAAAAAUAUAAGUAGAGAUUAGCUCAUGUCGUCUCGUGGCGGACGAAAAUAGGUUGGGGCGGGUAUUGUGUUUACACGUGUCGCAGCCGCGGCGCAUCGGAUGAGAGGAAAAAAACAAGAAACGCGUAGCAUAAUUCUCCAUUCGGCGGAAUGAUUUUCCAUUAUCCUCGAGCCGAUUCACUAUUUAUUCGCUCGCCAUGGAUCCCUCGAUUAUAGCCGCGACAGCAGCUGCGAAA